UCCACCUCGGCAGAGGCAAGAGCUGCAUCGAGUGCAAGUGUGUUUUGAUGCGCUCUGGAUUUUGAACAAGUGAUGCUAGAAGGUGAUGCCAAGCUAGUGGUUGAUGCAGUUAAAAAGCAUGUUCUGGGUGGGUUAAAAGACAGGCAGAUUGGCUAUGUACAGAGGGAUGUUAAUCAAGCUGUGCUCAUGUGCUUGCAAAGGACAUCGAGUCUGUCCCAGAAUGUAUCAGAAGGAAGUUAUUGUCUGAUUUAUAUUUACCUUAAUGAAAUUGUAAAAAUGAAUAAAUAAAAUUAGUAGCUUGAUCAGAGCUGGGAAUGAUCCUAGUUAAACCGAGAACCGAUGAAGUUACGAGUAAAACCUACUUCUCUCCGUCUCGACCCUUCAGCUUAACAGAAGCUCUCUCUCGCCCAACCCUAGAUCUCAGCUGGUGACAGCCGACGUAUAACAAAAUAUCUUAUCGAGUUCCUCUUCGGUCAGGCAUGGCGUUUAGAACAGUGAUACCUCACUCUCGCCCCUAUCUUGCAGCCGCACAUUUUGUAACUGCACACGUCUUCACUGCUUCGAAUUGCUGUACGAAAAGCUCGCCAUUGCCCAUCAGAUUGGUGCGGACAAACAGUAUAAAAGCUAGGAGAUAUCUGGGAUUGCAAACAAACACAGAAAAUGAGAGGAUAAGAUCUCUCUGGACAACAUCAUCAUCAUUAUCGGCUGCAGCGAGCGUGCAGGAGAAUCUUCCCCCUUCCUUGGAGGCCACUUCCGAACCACCCCCUCUAUUCGAUGGAACUACGAGGUUGUACAUUGCUUACGUUUGCCCAUUUGCACAGCGUGCAUGGAUCACCCGAAAUUAUAAGGGAUUACAAGACAGUAUCAAAUUAGUUGCAAUUAAGCUUCAAAGCAGGCCUGCUUGGUACAAGGAGAAAGUCUAUGCUGCAAACACGGUGCCGUCGUUGGAACACAAUGGAAAAGUCAUAGGAGAGAGUCUUGAUGUAAUUAAAUAUCUAGACAGCAACUUUGAGGGGCCUCCUCUUUCACCCAAUGAUCCAGCUAAAAAGGAGUUUGCUGAAGAGUUGAUAGCCUACACUGACACCUUCACCAAGACAGUGUUUUCAUCAUUCAAAGGAGACCCUAUAAAAGAAUCUGGCCCUGUUUUUGACCACGUUGAAGAGGCUCUUCAUAAGUUCGAUGACGGGCCAUUCUUCUUGGGAGAAUUCAGUUUGGUGGACAUAGCUUAUAUCACGUUUUUUGAAAGAUUCCAAAUCUUCUUUUCAGAGGUGUGGAAGCAUGACAUCACAGCAGGCAGGCCUAAACUUGCGAAAUGGAUCGAGGAGGUGAACAAAAUUGAUGCUUACAAGCAAACAAAGAUUGAUCCCAAUGAGCAUCUUGAAACCUUCAAGGCUCGCUUUCUGGCCAAGUAAGUAUUGAACAUUCCAGCACGUCUUUUGGACUUAGGAGCAAAAUAAGUGGCGUUGUGCGUCUACGUAAUGUUUCUUUGUAUAAUAAAUGGUAUGUGUGUGUUCUGUGCGUAUGUACUGGUCGAAGAUGCGAGCUACUUUGUCUUCGUGUAUGUAUACAUGUACGAAUGAUAAUAUUCACAAGAAUUUAAUUAACAUACUUGGAAUUAUAAA